AUGGAGACGGCCAUCAACAUCGGCUUCGCCUGUUCGCUGCUGCGCGAGGACAUGCUGCAGUACACUCUGUCCGCCUCCUCCCCGCGUAUCGAGGAGCUGGAGCGGGCGGGAGAGAAGGAGCAGGCGGACGUGUUGGCGGCGGAGCAGGUGGCCAAGCAGCUGCUCAAGAUGGAAGCCAGCCUGUACAUGUCCGGCAAGCUAGGCGGCUCCUCCAAGGCAGCUACCAACACCACCCCCGUGGGCCGCGCCGCAUCAGGAGCCUCCUCCACCCCUCCCAAGACCGCCACCACCACCACCACCUCCUCACCCACCUCAUCUCCGCUCCCGCCUCCUGACCCUCCUCCUCCUCCUCCUCCGGGUCCGCCCGAGGCCGCCCUCAUUGUGGACGGCAAGGCCCUAGCCUACGCUCUGUCCAAGGACCUUGCCCCCGCCUUUCUGCGCGUGGGGCUGCGCUGCAAGGCGGUGCUGUGCUGCCGCGUGUCGCCGCUGCAGAAGGCCCAAGUGACCAGCCUGGUGCGCUCAGACGGGCGGAUCACGCUGGCGGUGGGGGACGGAGCCAACGACGUGGGCAUGAUACAGCGGGCGCACAUCGGCGUCGGCAUCAGCGGCCAGGAGGGCAUGCAGGCCGUCAUGUCUUCGGACUUUGCCAUCGCGCAGUUCCGCUACCUGGUGCCCCUGCUGCUUGUGCACGGCCGCUACAGCUACAAGCGCAUCACGCGCAUGGUGCUGUUCUUCUUCUACAAGAACAUGCUCUUCUCAAUCACGCUCUUCACCUACUCGGCGUUCACCACCUUUUCUGGCUCCUACAUCUACAAUGAUACCUCCAUGACCCUCUUCAACGUGGUCUUCACCUCCGCCACCCCGCU